AUGGAAGAGAUGGAGUUGAUUGAAGAAGCGAAGAAGAGAUGCACAAGGGUGAUGGAGAGAGUAGAAAGGCUGGAUACCUCCAAAAUCACAGCUUCCUGCAAGGGCACUCUCCUCAAAUUGGCCAGCUCUGAGCUUAAUUUCCUCUCCUCUACUCAUCUCCACCAAUCCCUCCCCCUCAGUGUCAACAUUAGUCAUUUGGAGGCUGUGGUUCACAUUCUUGAGCAGCCUUUCAUCACCGGAGUGUCGCGGGUCUGCAAGCUGUUUCCCCUAUCACCCACAAUUGGAAAUGGUGAGAAAAGUGAUUGUGGUGCUGCAAAGGGUGUCUAUCUUGAUAUAGUGUGCACUCUCAAUAGAAACCCAGUUUGGUUUAUUGUGUCUGAUAGGAAUCCGAAGUAUGUUUCUUGGGAUGAGUGUUCUGGUAAUAAGGGGUUAAGAACCCGAAUCCAACAAGUCCUUGAUGCAGCCCGAUCCUCACUCACAUUGAAGCCUUCAUCUGUAAUUCUUUUCUUCUCUAAUGGUCUUGACCAAUGUAUUUGUGAGAAGCUUCAAGGUGAAUUUGGGGCCUAUGAGUGUGCAGUAGAGUUUCCUGAUUGUAGUUUUGAUUUUUUGGAGGAACCAGAAAGUGAGUGGAUAAAUGUAUUUGCCAGAUCAUAUCGAGGGGCAUGCAUCCUUGAAAUAAAGGUUGAUCAUGUCAGCCCCUCUGUAUUAGUCUAUGACGUCAAGGACUCACCCCCAGAUGCUGUUGGAACACAGAUCCCUGAGAAGCACAUUGAUAUAAGCUUGGGUGCUUCUUUCUCUUCUCUCAUUUUGGGAAUGAAAUUUUGCUGCUUGCAUGCAGAAGGAGUGGAGACCCUUUUAGGUCAAGAUGAUCUGAUCAAUUUUGACACAACUGCUUUGAUUGCUGUUGUAUCGGGAAUCAGUAAUGGUGGUACUGAGAAACUUCUGGCUGCACCAGAGACUGAAAUGAGGCUGCGCUUUAAGGGCAACUAUAAAUUUGUUAUUGCACAGGUGUUGUCGGAAAUUCAGAAUCCAAUACAUGUGGAACUGUCUGGGUUAACAUCUGGAAAAAGAGGUAUCAUAUGUGAAACUGUUCAUUCAGAGUUCAAAGAGCUGGUAUCAAUGUGUGGAGGGCCCAAUGAAAAGUUGAGAGCUGAUCAAUUACUGAAGUGCCUCAUGGUUGUGCCUGAUAGUCCUUCAGCACGCAUGAUGGGCCUCCCGACCACAAGAAAGCUAGCAUUGAAGAACAAGGUUGUUUUUGGCACUGGAGAUUACUGGCAUGCCCCAACUUUAACAGCAAACAUGGCAUUUGUGAGAGCCAUUUCGCAGACUGGGAUGUCUCUGUUUACCAUUGAGCAUAGACCACGGGCUUUAACUGGCAAUUAGUGACUUAUAUGUACAAACAACACAUGCUUUCAUGGAGAGCCCCUAUUGUCAAUAGAAGCAUUUGAUAGUCAAAUUGGCAGUCAAUUGUCGGUUUUGCAUUUGCAGAUAA